AUGAAGAAUACAUCUCAAUCUUUUCGGUUUGUUUUGAGCAUGGAGUCGAUAUUCAACAAUUUCCCCCUUUCCGCAGCCGUGACAGUCCCGCCUGCCAGCCGCCUCAUCAUCACUUCCGGGCAUGUGGGAAUGGGGCCCGAUGGAAAGCUCACACAGGGACUUGAGGGACAAAUCAGCAUGGCUUUUGAGAAUCUCGGCAAGGCCUUGGUGGCAGCCGCACCCCAGCUCGACUCAUCGACCAUCUGGCAACACGUGUACCAGAUCAACAUGUACUUGGCGGGUGAAUUAACGCAGGAUAUCAUUGAGACUGUUUUCAGGGUCCACCGACAAGUCAUGAAAGACUGCGAGCCGGCGUCCACUAUGGUUGGAGUCCACUCUCUGGCUUUUGGAAGCCUGUUCGAGGUAUCUGUGGUGUGUGCUGUCCCCGAGUUUUGA